GAUUUAUUUUGUCCACACUCAAUUGCAUAUAUAUCUCACAAUGUCCUCCGCACUCCGAUCAACCCUCAAUAUGAGGCCCUCUGUUGCACGAUUGAACGCGGGGCGUCUGUUCAGUACUGCGGCCCCCCGCCAUUCCGCGCAGCCCUUCUUCGCAAAUGAGCCCAAGGAACCUUCAGUCCAGACUGCUGUUCCUGGCCCCAAGAAUCAAGCUGCAGCCAAAGACCUCAGUGAAGUCUUUGAUACUCGUAGCUUGAAUCUCUUGGCUGAUUAUGAAAAGUCGAUUGGAAACUAUAUUGUUGACCUUGACGGUAAUGAAUACCUUGAUGUCUACGCACAAAUCGCCUCCAUCCCAGUGGGCUACAAUAACCCUCACCUUGCCGCUGCCGUCAACACCCCCGAGAUGGUCCGCGCCAUCAUUGAUAGACCUGCUCUCGGAAACUUUCCCUCUGCAGACUGGUCUCACAUCCUCCGAACUGGACUUCUGAGAGCCGCCCCCAAGGGAAUGACCCAGGUCUUCACUGCUCUGGCGGGAUCCGACGCCAAUGAGCUUGCCUACAAGGCUGCCUUCAUUUACCGCCGCUCACAGGAGCGUGGAUUUGAUGCCGAUUUCUCCGAAGAGGAACUGAAGUCGACCAUGGUAAACCAAGGUCCUGGUUCUCCUCAGAUGUCUAUCCUGUCAUUCAAGUCGGCUUUCCACGGCCGUCUCUUUGGUAGUUUGUCGACCACACGAAGCAAGCCUAUCCACAAACUCGAUAUCCCAGCUUUCGAUUGGCCCGCUGCUCCCUUCCCCAACCUCAAGUACCCUCUUGAGGAGCACGCAAAGGAGAAUGCCGAGGAAGAACAGCGUUGUCUUCAGGAAACCGAGCGUCUCAUCAAGGAGUGGCACAACCCUGUCGCUGCCGUGAUCGUUGAGCCUAUCCAGUCCGAAGGUGGUGAUAACCAUGCUUCCCCCGCUUUCUUCCAAGGUCUCCGCGAUAUCACCAAGCGUACCAAUGUGCUCUUCAUUGUUGAUGAGGUUCAGACUGGUGUUGGUGCAACUGGAAAGUUCUGGGCUCAUGACCACUGGAACUUGAGCACUCCUCCGGACAUGGUCACGUUCUCAAAGAAGGCUCAAGCAGCCGGUUUCUAUUAUAAUAACCCUGCUUUGCGCCCUAACAAGCCAUACCGUCAGUUCAACACCUGGCUGGGUGACCCAGUUCGUGCCAUCUUGUUCCGCGCCAUUUACGAGGAAAUCGAGAACAAGGGUCUUGUUGAAAACACUGCCAUUACUGGCGAAUACCUGUACAAUGGCCUUGAGACUCUUGCUCAGAAGUACCCACAUGCUAUUAAGAACCUUCGUGGCAAGGGCCAAGGAACCUUCAUUGCCUGGGACACCCCCAACCGCGACGAGUUCCUUGCCAAGGCUAAGACUGUUGGUGUCAACAUCGGUGGAAGCGGGGCCAGUGCUGUGCGUUUGCGACCAAUGUUGAUCUUCCAGAAACACCAUGGUAUGUCUCUCCCGUUCCCUUAUCAUUUCAGUUUCUCCCAUUUUAGAAUAUAUGCUAACUCACAAACAGCCGACAUCCUCCUUGAGAAACUCGAGAAACUCCUCAGUUAGUCAACUUUGAUUUACCUUGACUGUGUUAUGAUAUCAUGUUUGUCUCUUCGUUGAUUUGCCUGCAUUUCCCCGUUGAUUUUGGGGAUUCGAUACCACAAGCUCGGAUCGAGUUAUAUAGUUUUAUAGGACGUAUAUAGUC